AUGCUAACAGCUAACAACAAUGAGCCAUAUUUGGCGCUCUAGCGGGCAAAAGUUUAAAUUUAAAGGGAAGGAUGUGUUCAUAGCAAGUUUUCAUAUCAUGUUAAAAAUACUGACACCAUAAAUUAAUUGUGCCAAGUUGAUAAUCGUGUGAUAAUUAUCCACGCGUGUUGCACGUAAUUCAGCGAAUAGCCCGGUAGCUUUUUGUUUGUUCACUCCAGAAAGCCGCCGCUGCUGCCCGCUUUUUGUUCCGAGAUCUCCCCGCAAACACUUAACUCAGCUGAGCAAUGUCUAACAUCAACUCUAUUUAAUGUCUCUGUGUUAGCAAAUUGGCAAAGUUUCUAAUUUAUUGACCACCGUGAAGGAAAGUAAAACCGAGGUUUUUUUGCUUUAACACUGACCGACUAUGUUUGGCUUUCACAAGUCAAAGAUCUACCGGAGUAACGACGGCUGUUGCAUCUGCAAGACAAAGUCCUCAAGUUCACGCUUCACAGACAGCAGUCGAUAUGAAGAAACAUUCAGGCUCUGUUUUGGGUUGUCAGAGGAUCGUGUCGGAGACAUUUGCAACGCCUGUGUGUUACUGGUGAAGAGGUGGAAGAAGCUGCCUCAUGGCUCCAAGAAGAACUGGAACCAUGUGGUGGAUGCCAGAGCUGGACCGGGCUUCAAGGUGACAAAACCCAAGAAGAUCAAGAACAGCGAUGGAAAGAAGAAAAGCAAGCUAAAGAAGCUUCACAAGUUAAAGAGACAAACAGACUCAGAUGCUCACAGUACAACCUCCAGUGUGUCUCCUGCCCAGUCUCCCAGCUACAGCAACCAGUCAGAUGACGGCUCAGACAUCGAGUCCAAACAGAGACGCUCAACUCCGUCUAUCUUCUCUUUCUUGGACCGUUCCUACUGGAAAAGGCAAAAGGUGUGCUGCGGGAUUGUCUACAAGGGGCGAUUCGGAGAGGUGAUCAUCGAUCCUCGACUUUUCAAGCCCUGCUGCAGUUCCAAAAAACAGAAGACACUGGUGUCAACGCAAGUGGCCACACACCUUCCAGACACACUUCCUCCACAACUCCCCGAAGACAUGAAAGAAACCUGGUGAUUGCUUUUGUUGAAUCCCCCUGUAGGGUUAUCCAUGGCAUCCACCUGGAUUUGUCUCCAGUGGCAGACUCCCUAUUCCCCCCCCCCCCCCCCCCAUUAGAUCAAUUAGUUAGAUGUUUCUUUUCUACGUAAUAUUCCUUUUUUUUAUAUGGGUAUUUUUUUAAACUUUUGUAUAGAGUUGAUUUUUCUUUUUUUUUCUUUUUUUUUUUUUUUACAGAAAGCAAAAAGGAAAAAAAAAAUCUUACGGGCAUUAGUGUUAUUUAUAGGAUGAGGAGGCAAAUUCUGUUGAGGCUCCGUUUCUGAUUCUGAGUUGUUUUUUGUAUUAAGUGAUCAACGUUAUGUAAAUAUUUUGUCACUUUCAUACAUAUCAAGACUGUUCUAUUUUUUCAUAUUUUGUCAAAUUGUAAGUGUGCAUAUGAAAGACACCAGCUAUUUCUAAUACCAGCUUUUUUGUGUGUGUGUUGCUGCAAUGUUUUGUCCUUUUUUUUUUUGUUUGCUCCAUAUGUGCAAAAGCGUGAUAUGUAGGAUUUUUUAUUUUGUUUUCUUAGUACACAAGGGGCUGUUGGUGACACCAGGGAUCAUUAGUCCAACUGUCCUCUAUGAAUUUAAUGAGCUUUUAAUGUGUAUAUUAGAUGCCAAUGCAUAAUCUCUUGCGUUUUCACGGAUUAAGCAUGCCACACAUUUGAAACACUCCAUUAUAAUUUCAGCAGUCUGAGCACAUUGACAUCGAAUAGAUGUGGUUAGACCAUGCAUGCAGUACGUUCCUCUGCCUUUUUGGAAUAACAGAAAUGAUGUAUUUAUUUCAUUUGUACAGCCUCCAAUGAAAUGACAAUGCAUGUUGUAAAGCAAAUGUUUGUUUUUAAAAAAAAAUAGAUCUUGUAAAUACAAUGUUUGGCUCUUGGUCCAUCCAA